UCAAACUGUGAGAGUUUUUAGUUCAGUUCAGAGCGCAGACGUAAUACACACGGUAAUUGAUGGAUGAAAUUGAACACAAGUUCGUGAACGUGGGGACUCUGAAACUCCACAUAGCUGAAAUUGGAACCGGCCCAAACGUCGUCGUAUUCCUCCACGGUUUCCCUGAGAUAUGGUACUCCUGGCGUCACCAGUUAAUAGCCCUCGCCGCUGCCGGAUUCAGAGCUAUCGCUCCCGAUUACAGAGGCUACGGCCUUUCCGAUCCCCCACCCGAACCCGAGAAGACCACCUUCUCUCAUCUUCUCAACGACCUUCUAGCAAUUCUCGAUGCUCUUUCUCUUUCCAAGGUGUUUCUUGUUGGAAAAGAUUUUGGAGGUCCACCAGCAUAUCUGUUUUCCAUUCUACACCCAGAAAGGGUGUUAGGAGUUAUCACUUUGGGAGUUCCAUAUGUUCCACCAGGCCCGCCUCUGCUUCAUAAAUACUUCCCAGAAGGCUUCUACAUUUUGAGAUGGAAGGAACCAGGAAGAGCAGAGGCUGAUUUUGGACGGUUUGAUGCAAAAACUGUUGUGCGAAAAGUUUACAUCCUUUUCUCAAGAAGUGAAUUGCCAAUAGCUAAUGAAAAUCAGGAGAUCAUGGAUUUGGUGGAACCUGAUACCCCUCUUCCUUCUUGGUUUAGUGAGGAGGAUCUAUCAACUUAUGGAGCCUUGUAUGAGAAAUCUGGAUUCCGAACAGCACUGCAGGUUCCAUAUAGAACACUUGGUGAUGACUUGAUCUUGCCAGAUCCUGUUGUCAAAGUUCCAGCACUGGUGAUAAUGGGUGGAAAGGAUUAUGUUUUCAAGUUUCCAGGAAUGGAGGAUUUAAUAAAAAGUGAGAAAGCCAAAGAGUUUGUUCCCAAUUUAGAGGUUACUUUUAUUCCAGAGGGAACCCAUUUUGUUCAAGAACAGUUUCCUGAACAGGUGAAUCAGCUUAUCCUUGCCUUCAUAGCCAAACACACUUGAAGUUUAGUUAAUGAAUUGAAUGGAGUGUGUGUGUGUAUGGUUUGGCAAGUGUGGAGUUUUGCUGAAACAAUUUGAAGCUGUUGGACUUGUUAGCUUCUUGAGAAGGGAAUUCAUGUAAUAAGGGAUUGUGGUCAAAUUGUGUACUUCUUUAUAUAAGAUCAAACAAGAUAAAUACUAUCAACUUUCAUUUUAUAGGACAAGUGGUAAUACAUAUCAUUUUCUUUGCU